AUGGGGAGAGAUAGGAGCGAGCGUGCGGCCAGGUGCGCCUUGCUGAUAGCUCUUGGUCUGUGGCUCUGCUGCCCGGUGGUUCCGAGCUCGGUGGACGAAGCGGAACCGGACAGCCACACCGAGCACGGCGACUCUCACGGGGGUAACGAGACGGGCGACCACCAGCCUGGCUUUCAUAUCGUCUCCUUACAUUGGGAGCAGGUCCAAGCCCCUUAUGUCAUAGCACUGUGGAUUUUAGUGGCCAGCUUGGGUCAGGCAGUUUUCCACCUGUCUGAAAAAGUCACCUCUGCGGUACCAGAAAGUGCCCUGCUGAUUGUGCUGGGCCUCAUCCUGGGAGGAAUUGUCUGGGCUGCUGACCACACUGCCUCCUUCACCUUAACGCCGACUGUCUUCUUCUUCUACCUCCUGCCACCCAUCGUAUUGGACGCCGGAUAUUUCAUACCCAUCCGGCCCUUCUUCGGGAACCUCGGAUCGAUUCUAACGUACGCCAUCAUUGGAACAAUUUGGAAUAUUGUAACAACCGGUCUGUCCCUCUAUGGUGUCUUCUCGACAGGUAUUAUGGGAAAUCUUGAUGCUGGCCUUUUGGAAUUCCUCCUGUUUGGAAGUGUGAUCGCUGCAGUUGACACAGUAGCUGUGUUGACCGUGUUUGAAGAGGUCCAUGUGAAUGAAGCAUUGUUCAUCUUUAUGCUUGGAGAAUCACUGCUUAAUAAUGGAGUCACUGUGGUGCUGUACUAUAUCUUUGACUCAUUCGUUGCAGUUGGAGCAGGGAAUAUUGAAGGCCUGGACUACUUAAAAGGCAUAGUUUCUUUCUUUAUCGUAAGUUUGGGUGGAAUUGUCAUUGGCAUCAUCUUUGGAUUCCUGUUGUCCCUGGUAACCAGAUUUACUAAGCAUGUGAGGGUGAUCGAACCUGCAUUUAUCUUUGUCAUUUCAUACUUGACCUACCUCACUGCAGAGAUACUUUCCCUUUCUGCUAUAUUAGCUAUCGCGUUCUGUGGCAUUUGCUGUCAGAAAUAUGUGAAGGCCAACCUCUGCGAGCAGUCUAUUACCACCGUUAGGUAUGCAAUGAAAAUGCUGGCAAGUGGAGCAGAGACCAUUAUCUUCAUGUUUUUGGGAAUCUCUGCAGUGGAUACAAAUAUAUGGACAUGGAACACGGCCUUUAUCCUUUUCACACUGGUCUUCAUCUCUGUCUACAGAGUUAUUGGUGUUGUAAUUCAGACGUGUAUUCUCAACCACUAUCGUGUGGUACGGUUGGAGUUUCUAGAUCAGGUGGUGAUGUCGUACGGGGGCCUGCGAGGGUCUAUGGCGUUUGCUCUGGUGGUGUUGCUGGAUCUGCAGCAUGUACAUGAGAAGCGACUGUUUGUCAGUACGACCAUCAUUGUGGUGUAUUUCACGGUCAUCAUCCAGGGGCUGACGAUCAAACCUUUGGUCAAGUGGCUGAAAGUAAAGAGGAGUCAGCAGAAGGAGCCUUCACUCAAUGAGAAAUUUCAGGAAAGAGCAUUUGAUCACAUUAUGUCUGCAGUAGAGGAUAUCUCAGGGCAAACUGGACACAACUAUCUUCGAGACAAGUGGACUAACUUUGAUAGAAAGUACCUGAGUAAAGUAAUGAUAAGGAAAUCUACACAGAUCAGCCAGGAUAAUAUCCUCAGCGUUUUCCAAAGGCUGAAUUUGAAGGAUGCCAUCAGCUACGUGCCUGAGGGAGAACGGCAGGGGUCCUUGGCUUUUAUUCGUUCAAUCAAUGAUGUUAACAUUGACUUCAGCAGCCCUCGUUACUCUAGCUUAGAUUCAUCCGUCUCUGGAGUGUUGCAUGAAAAUACCAGUGAGGUGUGUCUGGACAUGCAAACGAUUGAGAAUAGAGUGAAGAGCCUAAAGGGUCAAGAGGAAAUAGUCACUCACCACAUGUUGCAGCAACAUCUGUACAAACCCAGGCAACGGUACAAGCUCAAUUACAGCCGCCAUAAGCUGGUAAGCAACGAAGACGAGAAACAAGAUAAAGAGAUUUUCCAACAGACCAUGAAAAAGAGACUGGAAAAUUUAAAAGCUGCCAAGUUUGGAGCCAAUCACAACAUCACAUUUAGGAACGUGAAGAAAGAAAAAGCAGCUAAAAAGAAACACAGUGAUGCAGUGCCAAAUCGAAAGCUCCCGACACACUCUCUUCCUUUCCACGUGGAUAAAGAAACUGAGGUAGAGGACCAUUAUGAUCCAUCAGAUGGAGGAAUUAGUUUCCUAAUUACCCCUGGAAGCAAUGAAUCGGAAGAAACAAGAACUGGUAACUCUAAAGCAAUCCCAAGUCCCCCUCCAUUGCCCAGCCCUUCCACCUUGGACGCGAAACAACUUUCCAGGGAAGAGGACCAGGUAAGUCAAGAUGAUCUUAGUUCUGAGAGACCCUCGAGGAUCUUCCCGUCUUAUCUCCAGAAGGCUUGGGUCCAAAGCUAUUCUUCACUGGAAAAUGUAGAAUCCCAAGUGUCCACCAUUUCAGAAGUUGUGGCGGCACAAGAAGAAAGCUCCGCUGAAGUCAAUUCAAAAUCAACUGUUGACAAUACCAGUGAAGCAAAGCUUAAUGAAGAAGACCAUCCCACUCGGCUUGACAGCGAAGCACUCGACGUGAAAGUACAAUGUGCCGAAACACUGAAUGAAGAGCUGGAGGACAACAGUCCAAAAGACCCUGGGGUGCAAGAGCAGAAGCCAUUGAUCAUUAAGGACAGUAAGAUGCACUCUGCAGCAGCCAAGCGUGUGCAGAAUCGACGAUCUUUUCACCGGCCCAAGCCUUUGCGUUAUCCAGUUCUCCAGAAACUUGGGUCUCUGCCAGUCUCUUGUCACAUUCCUCCUCAUGCCUUGGAACAAGAAGAAACACAGUUUUAA